AUGGCGGUAAGAAAACCAUUAACUCAAUUCACAACUCCACUUGGUUCAGGUGCUGGUGUUCCCAAAGAUAAACGACCACCACGCGUCACCGAUUCAGAAACCAGAUUGGCAAAACCAUUCAAAGUCCCCUUCGCUGGUCGUCUGCAAACUGGAAAUGGAGCAUUGGCCACCACUAGAGGACGUCCAAUUCGUACUGCGAGAACCAAAGUAACUAAUUAUGUCGAAGAUGGGGUUGUAACUGAAACUCAAGAUUAUGCUAUUGAUGAACAAGGUCAAGUAAUUACUCAACAAAAGAGAUAUGGUGCAUUAUUACCGAGAGCUAUGUUAAAUAAAGAUAUGGGAGGUACAGAGUUAAAGUUAAGAAAGUCAUUUACUAUUCCAUUUAAGAAAGAUAAUGUGAAACAAAAUGAAAUACAACGAGGUCCACCACCUCCAUUAGGUACAAAAGUAAAACCAAUAUUACCUCCACGAGCACUUCAUGACCCCAUGAGUGAAUUUGCAAUUGUAUUAUAUGACCCAACUGUAGAUAUUAUUCCUAAGAUUGAAGAAGAGAAACCCAAAUCCGAAGAAAGCGAAGACCUGAAAUCACCUACCCCAGAACCACAAGAGACACAACAACCACCAUUAAAGAAACGAAGAACUCAUAAGUCAUUAGCCGAAAUCUUAGGAAUUGUCAGUAAUCCCGAUGAACAAUUAGCUAAAUAUCCUAACGUGCCAGUUGUAAUUGAUCCCAAAUUAGCCAAGAUUCUUCGACCCCAUCAAAUCGCGGGUGUGAAGUUUUUGUAUAGAUGUACUGCUGGUUUAAUCGAUCCACGAGCAAAAGGAUGCAUCAUGGCCGAUGAAAUGGGAUUAGGUAAAACAUUACAAUGUAUCGCGUUAAUGUGGACAUUACUUCGACAGAGUCCUCGUGGGAAAAGAACAAUUGAAAAAUGUAUUAUUGUUUGUCCGUCUUCAUUAGUUCGUAAUUGGGCUAAUGAAAUUAUUAAAUGGUUGGGAGAAGGUGUGUUGACACCUUUGGCUGUUGAUGGUAAAUCAACUAAAUCGAGUGAUUUAGGUUUGGCAUUACAACAAUGGUCUACUGCGAAGGGAAGAAAUGUUGUUCGUCCUGUAUUGAUUAUAUCGUAUGAAACAUUGAGACGAAAUGUUGAUAAAUUGGCAGGUACUGAAGUUGGGCUUAUGUUAGCUGAUGAAGGACAUCGUUUGAAAAAUGGAGAUUCUUUAACAUUUACUGCGUUAAAUUCUUUGAGAUGUGAGAGAAGGGUUAUUUUAUCUGGGACACCUAUUCAAAAUGAUCUUUCUGAAUAUUUCUCCCUUUUGAAUUUUGCUAAUCCUGGUUAUUUAGGUACCAGGAAUGAUUUUAGAAAGAAUUUCGAAAAUGCAAUCUUAAGAGGUAGAGAUGCUGAUGCAACUGAUAAAGAACGUGAAAAUGGGGAUAAAAAAUUAGUUGAAUUAUCUCAAAUGGUAUCCAAAUUUAUCAUCAGAAGAACUAAUGAUAUCUUAUCCAAAUAUCUUCCUGUUAAAUAUGAAUAUGUCUUAUUCACUGGAUUAUCACCUAUGCAAAAAGUUUUAUAUCAACAUUUCAUAACCUCCCCCGAGAUUAAGAAAUUACUUCGUGGUAUUGGGUCACAACCAUUGAAAGCAAUCGGUAUGCUUAAAAAGCUAUGUAACCAUCCCGAUUUAUUAAACCUUCCGGAUGAUAUCGAUGGAAGUGAAAAUCUAAUUCCAGACGACUAUUGUUCGUCCAUAGGACCAAAUUCCGGUGGAGGUCGUAAUCGAGAAAUCCAAACUUGGAAUAGUGGGAAAUUUAUGAUCUUGGAAAGAUUCUUACACAAGAUCCAUACUGAGACUAAUGAUAAAAUUGUCUUGAUUUCAAACUAUACCCAAACCUUAGAUUUGAUCGAAAAAAUGUGUCGUUCGAAACGAUAUGGGUCCCUUCGAUUAGACGGGACAAUGAAUAUCAAUAAACGUCAGAAAUUAGUUGAUAAAUUCAAUAAUCCUGAAGGAUCGGAGUUUAUAUUUUUGUUAUCCUCAAAAGCAGGUGGUUGUGGUAUCAACCUUAUUGGUGCCAAUAGAUUAGUUCUUAUUGACCCAGAUUGGAACCCAGCCCUGGAUCAACAAGCACUUGCCAGAGUAUGGAGAGAUGGACAAAAGAAAGAUUGUUUUAUCUAUAGGUUUAUCAGUACCGGUACAAUCGAAGAAAAGAUUUUCCAAAGGCAAUCUAUGAAAUUAUCAUUGUCUAGUUGUGUAGUUGAUGAAAAGGAAGAUGUUGAAAGAUUGUUUAGUGCUGAUAAUUUACGUCAAUUAUUCCAAUUCCAGCCCGAUACGAUGUGUGAUACUCAUGAAACUUAUAAUUGUAAACGUUGCUCAAAAGAAAAGGGACAAUUUAUUAAAUCCCCAGCUAUGCUUUAUGGGGAUGCCACGACGUGGAAUCAUUUGACCAAUAGUGCAUUGGCUAAAAAUGAAGAUACAUUGAUUGCAAACGAAUCAGAGUUUAAUGAUAUUUCAUUUGCAUUCCAGUAUAUAUCUCAUUAG